GUUACACUCUUUUUUUUCCAUCACCACGUGCUCAACAACGUCUGCACUCUCAGAUCGUCGCGGCGUGUGAGAAAAAACGCGGCAACACCGCGACGACGUAGCGACACGAUGUCAGCGAACGUCCUUAUAUGGUCGAGGUUCUCAGUCGUACAGGAUGUUUCAGGUUAAUAACAGGUCUGGUCGUGUUUUAGGGAAAUAACUUUUCCUCGCUUGUCCGUGUAGUCUGACUUGUACAGCUAGUAAUUAAAAAGUAAAUUACCUUUUUGUACACGUACUAUCAUAUUUUUGUAAAUUACAAAAUGGAAAGUUACAGUUGUUCAGGGGGUUCAGGUAGGGGAAUGCUUGAAGCUGGCGGUCUUAGGUCUGGUAAACGUAGGCGUCUUCACACAGACGAUGGUAAUGUAACGUCAAAGAGACCGCGUAUGGAUUUAAGUAUUGUCAAUGACGAAGAGAUUAACAAAUUUGCCAAAAGUGUGGUUGGCAGAGAAGGAACACCUGCGUUUAAUCAAUUCUUAGAUUUUUUAAUCGAAGAAGGAAGAUUGAAAGUAUUGAAAAGAGAGGGAAUAAAGUUAACCAUUGUGUCAAGUAUUUUGGAUAGAGCUAGGAAUAAUGCUACAAAAGCCUUUGGAGAUCUUUUCGAUCUAUGGUUCGACGAGAAAGGAAACAAAAAGCAAUAUUUAAAAUGCCUGGAAAAAGAAGGAAUAAAUCUAUCGAGUAUGUCUAGUAUGUUAAGCGGAGCAGGAAUCAAUGCUGCCACAGCUUUCAAAGAUUUGUAUGAUCUUUGGUUCGACGAAGAAGGGAAUAAACGAGAUUAUUUGAAAACUUUAGAAAAAGAAAAAGUAAAUUUAUCCAACAUGUCGAGUGUUUUAAGCAGAGCAGGAAUUAAUGCUGCAAAGGCUUUCAAAGAUUUAUAUGAUCUUUGGUUUGAUAAAGAAGGAAAUAAAACGCAAUAUUUAAAAACUUUGGAAAAAGAAGGAAUAAAUCUAUCCAAUAUGUCCAGUGUAUUAAGCAGAGCGGGAGCUAAUUCUCCAAAGGCUUUUAAAGAUUUGUACGAUCUUUGGUUUGAUGAGAAAGGGAAUAAAACACAGUAUUUAAAAGCUUUGGAGAAUGAAGGAGUGAAUCUGUCUAGUAUGUCCAGUGUCUUGAACGGGGCGAGAAUUAAUGCUGCAAAAGCCUUCGGAGAUUUAUAUUAUCUUUGGUUUGAUGCAAAAGGGAAUAAAACAAAGUAUCUAAAAAUUCUGGAGGAAAAGGAAAUAAGUUUAACUAAAAUAUCCGGUAUUUUAAGUAAAGCAGGAGCUAAUGCCGCAAAGGCCUUCAAAGAUUUGUAUGAUCUUUGGUUUGAUGCGGAAGGGAAUAAAACGCGUUAUUUAGAAGCUCUGGAAAACGAGGGAAUUAAUUUAACCAAUAUGUCAAGCAUUUUAAAUGGCGCUGGAAGCAACGCUGCAAAAGCUUUCCAAGACUUGUAUGAUCUUUGGUUUGAUGUAGAAGGGAAUAAAACGCAAUAUUUAAAAAAUUUAGAGAAAGAAGAAAUAGAUCUGGCUAGUGUGUCCAGUAUUUUGAACGGAGCCGGAACUAACGCUGCAAAAGCUUUUAAAGACUUAUAUGAUGUUUGGUUCGAUACAGAAGGGAACAAAAGACAAUAUUUAAAAACUUUAGAGGAAAACGAUAUAAAUUUAACUAAAAUGUCGGGUAUUAUAAGCAAAGCAGGAGCUAACGCUGCGAAAGCUUUUAAAGAUUUAUAUAAUCUUUGGUUUGAUGCGGAAGGAAAUAAAUCGCAAUAUUUGAAAAAUCUAGAAAAAGAGGAAAUAAACUUAACUAAUAUGUCGAGUAUUUUGCACGGGGUAGGAGCUAAUGCAGCAAAAGCUUUCAAAGAUUUGUAUAAUCUUUGGUUUGAUGUAGAUGAGAAUAAAACACAAUAUCUGAAAAAUCUAAAGAGGAAACAAGUUAAUCUCACCAACAUGUCCAACAUUUUGAGUGGAGCAGGAGGUAGUGCUGCUAAAGCAUUUAAAGACUUGUAUGAUCUUUGGUUCGAUGUUGAAGGAAAUAAGACACAAUAUUUAAAAAAUCUAGAAAAGGAGGAAAUAAAUCUAAUCAAUGUGUCCAGUAUUUUGCAUGGAGUAGGAGCUAAUGCUGCAAAAGCUUUCAAAGAUUUAUAUAAUCUUUGGUUUGACGUAGAAGGGAAUACGACACAAUAUUUGAAGAAUCUAGAACAAGAAGAAGUAAAGCCGUCUAACGUGUCGAGUAUUUUGAACGGUGCAGGAACUAAUGCUGCAAAGGCUUUCAAAGAUUUAUACGACCUUUGGUUCGAUGCGAAAGGGAAUAAAACACAAUAUUUAAAAACUUUGAAAGAAAAAAAGAUCAAUCUGAUUAACAUGUCCAGCAUGUUGAGUGGAGCAGGAGCUAAUGCAGCAAAAGCAUUCAAAGACUUGUAUCAUCUUUGGUUUGAUGUAGCAGGAAAUAAAACACAAUAUUUGAUAAAUCUGGCAGAAGAAGGUAUAAAGUUGAAAAAAAUAUCUAAUUUUUUGAACGGAGCAGGAGCCAAUGCUGCAAAAGCAUUCAAAGACUUGUACAAUCUAUGGUUCGAUGUAGAAGGAAAUAGAACGGAAUAUUUGAAAAAUCUAGAAAAAGAGGGUAUAAAACUGACCAACAUGUCCAGCAUAUUAGGCGGAGCAGGAGCUAAUGUUGUCAAAGCUUUUAAAGACUUAUAUGAUGUUUGGUUUGAUACAAAAGGUAAGAAAAAACGGCAUUUAAAGAAUUUUAUUGGGAGGAAAGAUGGGGAGAAAAGUUUCAGUAUUCAUAGCUUAUCCGGUAUGUUGAGUGGGGCAGGUGCUAAUGCUAAAGAUGCUUUUGAAAAAUUACACGCCGUUUGUUUUUAUGGUAAAGGAAAAAUAACACGACUUUUAGAUGAUUUUUAUAACGCAGGUUUCGAGCCAAGUAACUUAUCAUCCGCACUGUGUGGAGCAGGAGUUCGUGCUUCCUUUAUUUUAAAGAAAUUACACGUUCUUUGUUUCGAUGAAGAAGGACGAAUAACACAACUUUUAGAUGAUUUUUUUCAAAUAGGUUUCGCGCCGGGUGAUUUAUGUAGUAUGUUGAGUGGAGCGGUAAAUAGUUUGGAGAAAUUUCAUGAUUUUUGCUUUAUUGGAGAUACAAAAAAAUAUUUACAUCAUUUCGUAGAUCAGAAAGAAGGUUUCAAUCUUAAUAACCUGGCAGAGAUAUUACACGGAGCAAAAGCUAAUAUUUGUUCCGCUUUGAAAAAUUUUUACUAUGUUUGCUUUGAUGAGACAGGAAACAAGACAGACUUUUUAAAUGAUUUUCAUAAGGUUGGUUUUCAGCCAGGUGAUUUGUCCAAAAUAUUAUGCAUGGCAGGAAGAAAUGCCUCUUCCAUUUUGACAAAUUUUCAUAAAUCUUGUUUCAGCAAAGAGAAUUAUUUAAAUCACUUCUUAGCUGAGAAAAAACUAUUCGGGCCAAAAAAUUUAUCCCAGAUAUUGGAUAGGAUAGGACUUAAAGUUUGUACUGCUUUUGAGAAAUUGCAUAAUAUUUGUUUUGACGAAGCAGGAAAGAAGACAAAGUAUUUGAAAAGUCUUGCAAAAGAUAACCCUCCCAAUAAGAUAAUUGAUAUAUUAUAUAAAAAAGUUAGAAAAGCUCCCUCUAAAUUUUUUGAUGACUCAUCAAAAUAACAGAAUAGUAGUGA